CUUGUUGUUGUCCGGCGGGGGAGGAGGAGGUCGCAGGUUCGCUCGCCAGUGCGUUCUGUGGCGGUCCGCGGCGGGACGGUCACGAGAGCAGGUGCUGUGCAGGGGGGCGAGGCUAUGUCGCGGUGGCAACCCGGAUGGUCCGGCAGGGCCGGGAGUAACGGGACGUCGCUGCGAAGCUUCUUCCCCCGGAUACUGUGCGGCCCAAGUGGAGGCCGGGGCGCCGCCCUCCAGUCGUGAGGAACCCGCGCUUGGCGGAGACCGCGCAGCCUAAGCCUCCACACCCGCGCUUACGGACUCGGCUGGCCUGGCCCGAUCUGGCCCAUCCCAGGCAGGUAAUCCCUAGGGCACAAGGAGUCCCCUCCCCAAGGACAUGAAGCUGUUGGAGAACUCCAGCUUCGAGGCCAUCAACUCUCAGCUGACAGUGGAGACUGGUGAUGCCCAUAUUAUUGGCAGGAUUGAAAGCUACUCGUGUAAGAUGGCUGGAGACGAUAAACACAUGUUUAAGCAGUUCUGCCAGGAGGGACAACCCCAUGUUCUUGAAGCGCUGUCUCCACCCCAGACUUCAGGCCUCAGCCCCAGCAGACUGAGCAAGAGCCAAGGUGGUGAGGAUGAGAGCCCCCUCAGUGACAAGUGCAGCCGCAAGACCCUUUUCUAUCUUAUUGCCACGCUCAAUGAGUCCUUCAGGCCAGACUAUGACUUCAGCACAGCCCGGAGCCAUGAGUUCAGCCGGGAGCCCAGCCUCAGCUGGGUGGUAAAUGCAGUCAACUGCAGCCUGUUCUCAGCUGUUCGAGAGGACUUCAAGGCCCUGAAGCCACAGUUGUGGAAUGCAGUGGAUGAGGAGAUCUGUCUAGCAGAAUGUGACAUCUACAGCUAUAAUCCAGAUCUGGACUCGGACCCCUUUGGGGAGGAUGGCAGCCUCUGGUCCUUCAAUUAUUUCUUUUACAACAAGCGGCUCAAGCGAAUUGUCUUCUUCAGCUGCCGCUCCAUCAGUGGUUCCACCUACACACCGUCAGAGGCAGGCAAUGCACUAGACCUGGAGCUGGGCAUGGAAGAGGUCGAGGAAGACGGUGGAGGUGGAGGCAGUGAAGGCGGGGCUGAGGAGACCAGCACCAUGGAGGAGGACAGGGUUCCAGUGAUCUGUAUGUGAUGAAGAGGAUCAGAGGCCUCAACUUCAUCCAGCUUCAACCAAUGACUGGAACUGCCCACCUGAGAGACCUCAGCCUCCCCAGAUGCUGCUGGUCAUAUCCUGGCUCUGCCACAGUCAUGGGACUAUUCAAGGCCAUACCUGCCUAGCCCUUUGGCUUCAGCCUGUGGAUGUCCAAACAUCCCCACAGGUUCCUAACUGUCCAUGCUGUGGUUGGACUAGACAGCAUAGGGCCUGGUGGGAAGAAUGACUGCCUUCCCCAAGCAGACUGCCAUAGGCAGGACAGCUGGACCAGAGUUUAUUUUUGUACUUCUUACUGGGCCUGUACACUCCAGCUCCAAGGGCCCGUGGCCUGAGGCCCUGUAAGUAGGGCCCAGUGUUCACCACACAGCUGGCCCACUUUCCACCCCACCUCACCUGGUGGGCCAUGUGCACUGAGUGUCACUUUGCUGCAGCUCAUCGGUUUCCAAUAAAAGUUUCUGUGAUUUA